GAUUAACCCCUUCCCCCUCGGUCCGCCUCCUCCGUCUCUCCGUCUGGUUCUUCUACCUGCACUCGUCUGGACUCGUUCCUUGAGUAAAGACACAGAAGGACAGGACGAUGAGAGAGAAAGAAGGUGAGUAAGACCAAGACGGUGAAAAUCUUUCUCUGUGGAAUACGGUGAAAAUCCAGGCAGUAUUUGGCCACCUGUGAAACACAGUUUUGGAUAUUGAUUGGACAACUGAAAUGGAAUACCAAGUGAGUGACUGAUUAACUGACUAAAUUGGAUUCUUUCGAGUUUAACCAGCAUUUCUACACUAUGUCUAAACCUUCACGACUUGCUCGCCCAUCCUCGGCGGGUCCUGGCUCCAAACUCCCCUCGCCUCGUCGGGAUACACCUGCCAGCCAACCCAGAAUGCAUAGCAUGGGUGAGAAAGUGAUACGGACAGAAAGCGAGGGAAAUAUACCUGGCCAGAGCCCUCCUGUCAAUGGAACAACACAUUCGCAGAUCCCGCAAAACACCAAUAUAAAGGAAGAGGAUGAGAUGAGCCAGCCAAGGAGCAAAAUCUGUCCACCUAAAAGGUUCACAGCACCCAUAACCCAGCAAGAAGUCACACAUCCCAAACCUCUAAAGGGGAAUCUAAAAGUGACUUCCAGUGAAGACGCUGAGCACCUGACCCGUAAACGGCAGGUUGUCUCCGCUAGCAGCCCUGGUAACCGCUGUGAGGCCAAAUCUAGCCGCUCUGGGGUUCUGCGAAGACACACGGUGGGGGGAGCGCGCAGCUCACAGGAGAUCCUGGCCAUGCAGCCAUCCGAUAUGGAUAAAAAACGAGAGGCCUUUUUGGAACAUCUGAAGCAAAAAUAUCCACACCACGCCUCCGCCAUCAUGGGCCACCAGGAGAGACUCAGAGAACAGUUAUUUCAGGGGAUGUUGUCCGCUCUGCACUCUGAGAUAGAUAUUCAAAGAUAUCUGCUGAAAAUCCAGAAUGUUGGUUCACGCAGAAGCUCUAAGCAGAGUUUGGCGUGUCCGAGUCCAGUGCCUGUGUUUGUGGAUCAGCUGGAGCACGGCUCACUGGUCUCUCUAGAUGCUCUGGAUGUCAUGUCUGAGUGCAACAUGCCCAUCGCCUUCACCCGAGGCUCCCGGUCUCGAGCCAGUCUGCCCGUAGUCCGCUCCACUAACCAGACCAAGGAUCGCUCAUUAGGAGUGUUGUAUCUGCAGUAUGGAGAUGAUACAAAGCAGAUACGCAUGCCUAAUGAGAUAACAAGUGUGGAUACAAUCAGAGCUCUGUUCGUUAGUGCCUUCCCUCAUCAGCUUAACAUGAAGAUGCUGGAGUCACCCAGCACCGCCAUCUAUGUGAAAGACGAGACCAGGAACAUGUACUAUGAACUCACUGAUGUCAGGAGCAUCACAGAUCACUCCUGCCUGAAAGUGUACCACAAAGAUCCAGCGCACGCCUUCAGUCAUGGAGCUCGGCCAAUCAAUGGAGACACAAGGGUCCACAGGGAGAUGAUGUAUGCUGGACCGAGUGGUCAUCCUCUCCGGCAGCCCCCAAUGGGUCCCCCUCCACCCCAUAUGCAGAGUUCCAUGUCCCCUACCACACCUCAUGCUAUGCCCUCCUCCCCAUCUCGUAUCCCCUUCGGCCCACGCACCUCAGGCAGUGGGGUUGCCACAAUGCCACGUGAGAGAGCGGCACACACACUCCCCGCCACCUCCCCUGUUUGCCCAUCCUCCCCCUGCAUGAGCGCCAUCCUUGAGCGGCGUGAUGUCAAGCCUGACGAUGACGUAGCUGCAAAGAGCAUGUCACUUCCUGCCCGAGCUGAAAGUCAUUAUGCUGACCCCUAUAUGUUACAUCACCAUGCCCCGCCCCCUGAUACAGUAGACUACACCUACCACCGUGCCACCAUGCGCUCUUACAGUAACCCCGGUGUUCCCAUGGAGCCCACGGACCAUCCUUCGCUCUUCCGACAGAAAAGCAGGAAGUACACGGAUAGCCAGUUACCCAUGCUAGGCUCCAAAACCCCGCCCCAUUCCCCACAACGGAUGGGCGAGGUGCGGAUGAUGGACAUUCACACAGUCCAACCACAGAGUUCCAUGACUCUGGAGAGGGCAUCUCCUAUCAGACAAUCAUUUAGGAAGGAGACUCCUCUUUCUAUGGACACCAUGGUAAAGGCAAGGGGAGGUAUGGGAUCUCCUGCCACCCCUGAUCUUCAGGUUCACAACCCUCUUGCCCCAUCGACAGACCCUCAGACACGAGAGAGAAUGAAGGCCAUGGAGGAGCAAAUAGCCAGUCUGACUGGUCUUGUGCAGCAUGCUCUCUUAAAGAGUCACAGCACUAACAGCAACAAGGAACACCCCAGUGAGAAAUCAGUAAAUUCCGGAUCACCAGUUCACAGCACAUCUAGCACAGGAGGUUCUCCAGUAUUAGCACCAAAAGUUAAUGCAGCAACUCUUGAGCAUUGCCCCGCCCCUACACCACCAUUAGGCCCCACCCCCUUGCAUGCUAACCUUCACCUGUUCAGGAAAAAUGUCUCUGAGCUCCGCCUCCAACUGCAACAUAUGAGACAACUACAGCUUCAUAAUCAGGAGUGUGUGCGUGCUCAGAUAAAGCACGCAGAGCAAGAGAUCAGUGUGAAGUUGGCUGAAAUGCUGAGACGACAGGACGAUCCAACACAGAAACAGAGGACACUGGUGGAGGAAGAGAGACACCGAUAUCUCAACAUGCAGGAAAGAGUUCUCACCCAGCUGGAGGAUCUGGAGCAGUAUGUGGAGACACUGAGGACUGAUUCUAGCCCCGCUGCAUCUCAGAGAGCCGUGACGCUGAAGGAGGUAGAGGAGGGAGCUGUCAGUCUGAGGAAGGUGGGCGAGAACCUGGCUGGACUGAAAGGAGAGUUUCCAGCUCUUCAGUCCCGUAUGCGGGCGGUGCUCAGGGUGGAGGUGGAGGCCGUGAAGUUCCUCAAAGAAGAGCCGCACAAGCUGGACAGCAUGCUGAAGAGAGUCCGAACCCUCACAGACACACUCGGCAACCUUCGCAGGUCUACCACAGAUAGCCUGCUGAAACCCUCUGACCCCGUUUCCUCGUCAUCUUCCGAAAAAACAGAAUUGGCCAUUGUUGAAUCCCCAGAGGCUGCCUCGGUUGCACCUCAGAGCUCCACCGUGAGGUCAGAGGUUAUGACAUCAAAUCCUGUGGUGAUCCACCAUGCCCAGGCCUCUCCUGUAGCUACACAACAAUCCCAGCAAUCAACAGCACCUUCGCCCAUUCCCCCUGCGGCACAGAGACGAGAGUCGACCCCUUCACCCACCAAACAGCUCAAAAAACCCUCACUUGAGCAGACACAAAUACCAAAUGACAGCCGCAGUGGAGUCUCAGCUAAUGGCAUGAAUGGCAAAGGUCCUUCUCCAAACUUCAUUGAGGAGAUACACGCAAGUCGCAGCAAGAACAUGAACAGGGCUGUGUCAAUAGAGGCUGCAGAGAAAGAAUGGCAGGAGAAGAGGCUGAACAUGGGUCAUUAUGAUGGGCAGGAGUUUGAACGGAUGCUCCAGGAAGCAGAAGCCAACAUGCUGAGAGGAAUACCAAACCUGGAGGCUCCCAGCGAACCCGAGGGCUCCCCUGCAGUGGUUCUUGCCUCCCUGGAGGAGGAGGUAGAAAAAAACGAGCCCACAGCAGCACCAGCAAAACAGGAUGACAAUCAGCCGAACUCUGAGAAACCUACUAAGGCUGCUUCAGAGAAACCUCCCAAACCUCUGGAGAAACCAGUUAAGUCAGCUUUGGAGAGACCUCUUAAGCCCAACCUAUCCAUCAAAUCAAGCCUGGAGAGACAAAGUAAGACUCAGGAAAAAGUUGUUAAGCUUCCAACCACAGACAAAGCCAACAAGUCCCCUCCUCCACCCCCACCACGACGAAACUACACCACCAACACUGUGUUGACCACCACCCGAUCUGGAGAGGUCAUUUACACCAGCAGAAAGGACUCUGUUAUGGAGGGUGAAGAGGAGUCCAACGGGUCAGCGUCUCAGCCUGAACCAAAGUCCUCUCCAGAGGCGAAGCCCAAACUCAUUACUCCUCCUCCACCUAUCGCUGCCUCGGCUAUCACUGAGGAAGAGGAUGAGGGAGACAAGAUUAUGGCAGAGCUACAGAAUACUGAAAAUCAAGAUGACAAGAAUCCUGACACUGAUGAGAACUGCAACAAUACAAUUCGUCAGAGUCCUGGGGUCAUCUACUAUGUCACAGCUCAGAUCUCCAAGGGGACUUCAUCAGCCUCGGAGGAAUCAACAGACGCAUCACAUUCUCCCCCAUCACAGGUGUCACAUGUCAAUGCUUCUGACCAAUCCCAAAAUCAGCUGCAGUUAUCCACUAACAAAUUUGGUGCCCUCAAAAGCAGUGGCCCUGCCAGCUCUUCUAGCACUCUACACCAAAAUCAGCUGUCUCUUUCAGCCUCGUUGAAGACAGAUACACCCUCUUCAUUGGAAGAAGUUCCAGCUAGCCCAACCCAAGGGAAAGUUCAUGUUGUUAAGGCUGCUCAAGUGCAGAUUAGCAUAGAGGAGAGGGUAGAGUCUCCAACAGCAAUUUGCUCACCAGUCUCUUUUGAAGACACCGUACCGAUUCUUUCUAAAGGAAUCCCUGUUGGGACAGAUUUAGCAAAUCAGAAACUUAUAUUUGGUUCAUCCAAGGUGAAGGAAAGGAAAUUUGAAGAAAUGGAGGAAAUUAAUGAGGCCUAUCUCAGUCCCGAUCUGUCAGGAGAAGAGCCACCUCCGCCUCCUCCUGAUAACUUUGCCUUUAUGAUCACUAACACCAAGGUACAAGCCCUUUCCACUGGAGAGUACCAUCAGCUAGUCAAUGCCAAGAAAGGUAGUGUGCAGACAGUAACUUUUGGCAGCAAACGACCAAGUGCUUCUGGAAGUGGCAUAGCAUCAGGAGGGGAUGCUGGUACCAGUGGUUCCACUGGUGCUGACAAUACAAGUAAAAAGCCAGUCAUCAUUAUCUUUGAUGAGCCAAUGGAUAUCCGCUCAGCUUAUAAACGCCUCUCUACUAUCUUUGAAUGUGAGGAGGAACUAGAGCGGAUGCUUGCAGCAGAAAGAAUAGAUGAGGAGAGUGAGGAAACUGAGGAAGAAGAAUGGACUAGGUGUGUGCAUGUCAAACAGAAUGGAGAUGGUAGGGAUUUAGGGAAAGGUACUGGUUCAAAUUCUCCUGCAGAUAUCACAGACAGUCGAGUCAUUAACUCUUCUUCAUCCUCAUCUUUAUCUGAGGGAGAGGCAUUAGUAGAUGUUACUGAUGGUGCAAAGCAAGAUGGAAAGAAGAAGUUUAAGUUGAAAUUCCCCAAGAAACAGCUAGCAGCAUUAACCCAAGCCAUUCGGGCUGGAAGUAAAACAGGCAAAAAGACUUUGCAGGUUGUUGUCUAUGAGGAUGAGGAAGAGACAGAUGGAACUGUCAGACAACACAAAGAAACCAAGAGGUUUGAAAUCGCUUGCUCCAAAACAGAGUCUUCAAAAUCAAAUCUCCAGGAACCAACUGGACGAACUGACGAGAUUCGUAAGAACACCUACAAAAGUCUUAACAGUCUAGAGCAAACUAUAAAGCAGCUAGAGAACACAAUUUCUGAAAUGGGACCAAAGUCUUCAGAAGAGCCUGAAAUCUUGGUGAAGCCUGAAUCUCAGGACAAUACGACUGAAGAGACUCCAGUACACUCGGAGAAAGGUCUUGCUACCAAAACCUUGGUCCCUAGGUCAAGUUCUGCAAGCAAAGGUCCUGGUCUUCGAAAGAAGACAAAACCUCAGCUCCUUCCACGGCCUCCCAUCAUUCCAACUACUGGGGUCUCAGUCAAACCAGUUCCUACCCAGCAGAAUGCCAGCAUGGUCUCACCUACUAGUCGGAUGCCAGUGCCUGUUUCUGCCAAGGUGCGGCAGCAACCGGGCACCUCAGAGAAAGAGAGGGCAACAAAACCGCAAAAGCUACAGGACUCUCAGAGGCAGUUCCGCCAGGCUAAUGGAAGUGCUAAGAGAUCUGGAGGAGAUCCCAAAUCCACUUCUACUACAGUGCCUGCUUCUAAAAUUCCUGCUUUUUCCUCUAGUAUGGGAAAAGGCUUGUCCCAGUCUGAUUCUAGUAAUAUUGUUAAUUCUUCUUCUCCUUUAUCUCCCUGCCUUCCCACUAGUAAAUCCUCUAUCCCUCCUCCUCGAUCCAGUUCCAUCCCUUCCUCUCAUAUCCCCUCCCAUUCUAAUGGUUCUUUAAAAUUUGCCCCUCCCAUUCACAGCACUAAAGGCCUCUCUGUUCCCACACAGACACAAAAUGGUCGACCUUUCUCCUCUUCUUCCUCUUCUUGCUCCCACUCCCCUUUAUCCCCGACUAUGUUGAGUCACAGUGCAAAGAGUAUCCAUACCAUUCACACAGCCAGCUUCACCAGCUACAGUCGGCCACACAACGGGAGUGCCAGUAAAUCAGCUAUCCCUGCGGUAACUGUCGCCAAAAAUGCUGCGUAGAAUGCUUUGCUGCUUCGCAACCAUUUAUGUAUCUCUUAAUGAGGUGGAGUUUCUCCUGAUUUUACUUUGAUUCAUUUAUUUUUUUUAUUGUUUAUUUUUAAACAGAUAAUAUUGUUGUAUCAGAGUUUUGGCAUGACUGGCUAAUAUUACAUUUAGGGCUGGGCGAUAUAUCUAACGAAUAUGAUCAUGCGCAUCUAAUCAGUAAAGCUGCUUCCGUGAUCACCGCUAAAAUUGCCAUCACCUGCUCAUAAUUGGAGUGGCAUUUGAUAGACAGAGCCGUAGAUCGCUGACAAGCUACGCAAUAUCGCGUUCAUUAUUGAAGGCGAUUCAAUCUGCGAAAAUGAACGCGAUAUUGCGUAGCUUGUCAGCGAUCUACGGCUCUGUCUAUUAAAUGGCACUCCAAUUAUAAGCAGGUGAUGGCGAUUUUAGCGGUGAUCACGGAAUCAGCUUUACUGAUUAGAUGUGCAUGAUCAUAUCGUUAGAUAUAUCACCCAGCGGUAUCUGUUAAAGUCUAAGGCCAUCAUCCAUUACUCAAUGUUUAAAACUUGAAUCUCUGCAAAUCAUGAACAUUUAGAAAGAUAAACGUAAAAAAAAAGACUUAACUGCAGAGAGCAGACUCUUGAUCAAAGAUUUUACAGAGCACUUCAUUUGAAAAGAAUAUUUAUUUUUCAAACAAGUAUUCAAGUCCACAGUUAAAGCAUGUAAACAAUGUUUUGCUCAUUUGUAUACUCUAAAUGAUUGUAGAUUAUUUUCAUUUUUUGUAAGUUGACAUAUGAGCGAUAAUACGUAAAAAGUACUGUAGGUUUAUUAACCAUUAAUGUAAAUUGACGAACAUUGUGUCCUAUUUGUUGUUCUUUUUCUUUCUCUCAUGCACUGCCAAUGUCUUUAAGAUUUAUUGUUAUAAAUUGACAACAGUUUUACAAUGAACAGUUGUCUGUCUUUUCAGUAGUUGUGCCUGUUUGCCAAAGUUUGUAAUUUACAUCCUUACAACUGACUAUAUAUACUGUGUUAAACACUCUGUACAUUUAUGGAUAGGUUAUACCUAACAACAUACUUGUCAAAAACCCUUUAUUUACUCAUGCAGUCUAUUGUAGUGAUUGAUAAAAUUGCUCUCUACUUCACAUGUACAUACUGUAACAUCUCUAUUUUAGAGUUUGUCUUUAGUUUUGUUAACAUUGAACCAAAGUUUGUUUCUAUGCAUGCCUAUACAAAAUUGUAGAAGGAGAUAAUGUAAUAGAAAAAAAUCAUGCUUGCACAGACAGAUUUUGUAAAUAAAUGUCUUUGGUUUUGUAUAGCUUUAAUUGCAGGAGCAAUCUGUGCAAAAGAGUAGGUAUUAAAACAGUAAAGUUCUGCAUGCUUGUCGUUCACACGGCUGUGGUUUCUCUACUGCAGCACUGCAAGCCCUUCUAUUAAACAUUUUGGCAGAUAGUU